UUCGUACAACCGGUGGUAGAGAAAUCAGUGUAGUUUUCACUUUCGUGGAAUUAAAAAUAAAAGUAAAAUCUUAAUAUUGUGCGGAAACUCUAUAACAAUUUUUAAUAUUUAUAUUACGUGAAACUUAGUGAAUUUAACACAAUUGGCGUAGUACUUAUACUUGGUUUUGUCGCAAAACAAUAGUAUUGGAGACAAAAGAGUGAACCGUUUACGCUUGGAAAAGAGCCACAAAAGUUAAAAGAGAACUGUAUCUGAGCUUUCUUGCGUGGUUGUUUAUUUGGUGGCAGCUUUAAAUUAUCGAUUAGUAAAAUGGCAGACGAAGACUUAUCGUUAAACGAAGAUCAACUGCUGGACAAUCUUGAUGAGGCAAAUGGCGAGCACGAAGCAGAACUAAUGAACGAAAACGAGGAGGAAGCCAAUAUGCAAAUCGAUCCUGAACUGGAAGCAAUAAAGGCGCGAGUUAAGGAAAUGGAGGAGGAAGCCGAAAAAAUUAAACAAAUGCAAUCCGAAGUGGACAAACAAAUGGCUGGUUCUACAACAGGAUUGGCCACAGUGCCAUUAUCUUUAGAAGAAAAACAAGAAAUUGAUACACGUUCAGUAUACGUGGGUAAUGUUGACUAUGGCGCUUCCGCUGAGGAGUUAGAAUCACAUUUUCAUGGUUGUGGAACCAUAAACCGUGUGACUAUACUAUGCAAUAAAGCUGAUGGUCACCCCAAAGGCUUUGCUUAUAUUGAGUUUGGUUCAAAAGAAUUUGUUGAGACAGCAUUGGCUAUGAAUGAAACUCUUUUUAGAGGUCGCCAAAUUAAGGUCAUGUCAAAGCGCACUAAUCGGCCAGGAUUGUCUACGACAAAUCGUUUUGCACGCGGAAGUUUCCGUGGCCGAGGAGCUCGCAUAUCACGCGCUUGUUGUCACACAUCGUUCCGUGGUUCACGUCGUCCAAUAAGGGGUUAUCGCGGACGUGCAAAUUACUAUGCACCAUACUGAUUAAUGUUUUACUCUUACUUUUAAGAUUUUUUUUUACAAUAUAUAAAAUGAUUUCAAAAAACAUUAUAUAUAAAAGCCGUUCGUUACCAAACUUCUUAAAAAAUGAUGUCAUAAAUAUUUAAAGAAUAGAGCAUCAGAAUAAAAAAGUGAAAGCAGAAAGGAAAAAAAUAAAAAAGAAAAGAUUAAAAAAGAAGGACCAAAAUGCUUAAAGCGAAAAACGAAUAAAAAUAAAAUAUUGAAGAUGCUGUUAAAUAAUGAAGGCAAAAAUACAACGAGAAAUAUAUAAAAAAUAGUAAAAGAUGGAUUUCCGUUUUAAUGGUUAACUGGUUAUAAUGUUUUUUGAACUGCAACACACCAACAUACCUGUUUAUAAACAGUUUUAUUUUCCAAGCUAUUAAAAAUUCAAGAAGCUUUCAAAAAAAAAAAGGAAAUGAAAUAUGGCAAAAGAAAUAAAAUAUUAUAAUACAUAUAGUAUAUAAAAGAAGCAGAUAAACAAGAAAAGAAAAAACAAACAAAAGACGAAAAGAUGAAAACUAAAGUCCUUACCGGGAAAAGAUAUGAAAAAAUUAAAAUAUAAAAACGCCACAAAAAGCAUAUAAGAUGAACAAAGCAAGAUAAGGUAAAAAAGAAGAAAACACCUUAAAAAACUUCAACAUUAUCCAAAAAAAUUAGAGAAACAAAAAAAAUAAGAAUGGCUGGCAGUAAAGAAUGCGGACGAAAAUAAUAUAGCGUUAAAAAUGAAGGAAAUAAUAACGCACGAAAAUUAAAAAAAAAAA